AGCAAUUAAUUAGUUGCAUUUUUGACACACACGAAGGAUGUGAUGUGGGCCGUGUGGGUAGAGAGAGAGAGUGAGUGUGUGACAGUGGUGGUUUGUGCUUUUUGUGAUUGUGCUCAUUCAUUCUUUCUUUCCUUUGAUGGUUGUGGUUCUCAGCCAAGGUGAGGUGAGGUGGACCUGAUGAAGAUUGAGUUGGUUUUGGUUGGUGAAGAAGCUUCAAAUUAAGUGAUGAUGAUGGGACUGGAUCUUUGUUUGUUCUUGAUGAUUCAUUGCUGCUGCUGCUGCUACUGAUUGAAUCUGAGAGGGAGAAUCAAAUGUAUAUUCCCUCCUUCUCCAGCAAGAGUUGCAACGGUUAAUAAAACCAUCAAAGCUGCCUGCUUGCUUUAUCUCCCCACCAGACAGACACACAGAAUAUUAUUCUUUCUUUCUUUCUUUCUUUCUUUAUCUAUUUAUUUAUUUAUUUAUUUAUUUAUUUAUAGGAAAAAAAAACACAAUACAAUUUCUUUACUUUCCUCCUAGUCCUACUGCCCGUUGUUAUUGUUUACUUACUAACAACAAUUUUGGUCGGAUGAUGUGGAUUCUGAGUUUGGUGAUGCUUCUUCUUGUUCUUAUUCUAUCAUCACUCACUGGACGUCAAGUAGUUGUCAUGGGUGAUCAUGAUCAUGACUCAACUGCCAAAGCCAACUCCCUUGAUUCAAUUCUCCAGGAAUAUGCCUACAGGGCUUUGGUCAAACCUAAAACUGGUACCAUUUACAAUGCAACUACUCAACUCCCUUCCAAUUUCACCGGUGUUACCCUUGCUGCUUUGAGAUUAAGGAGUGGCAGUCUUACGAGAUACGGCGUUCCAAACUACAACGAGUUUCAAAUUCCCAAAGGACUCGUCCAAACACCCUAUGUCAAAAGGCUGGUUUUGGUCUAUCAAAAUUUAGGUAAUAAUAAUAAUUGGUCCUCCAACUACUAUCCUUUACCUCCUAAUCAUACUUAUGUGGCUCCUCUCCUUGGACUUGUUGCUUAUAAUGGUUCUGAUUUAUCUGCUACAAAUUUAUCACAUCUCAGUCUAAAUGCUUCUGGUGACCCCAUAAUAGUCAGGUUCCGGGAUGUCAAAUCUCCUCCUCCCGGUACCCUUCCAAAAUGUGUUUGCUUUGAUUUAUUUGGUUCAUCUCAUUUCACCAAUGUAACAGGGGGGAACACAUGUUCUACCUUCCAACAGGGUCAUUUCUCUAUAGUAAUCCACUCUACUCUUCCUCCUCCUCCUAUUACUAUUUCUCCAUUGCCAAGUCCUCAAAAGGAGAGCAAGUCGUCAAGUAACAAGAAGAAAGUUUGGAUUAUUGUGGGAUCUGUCCUCUUGGGUGGAUUCGCCUCGUUAACAUUGUUGUCUUUACUCGUUUUGUGGGUGCUGAGGUGCAAGCAGACCAAGAAAAUACAAGAAAUGGAAAGAGCUGCUGAUUCGGGAGAAGCCCUUCGAAUGACCUCUGUUGGGAAUACCAAAGCACCCACUGCAUCACAUACUCGAACACUACCCACAAUUGAAAAUGAAUAUACACCUUGACUUCCUUCACACUCUCAUAUGCAACCUUAGUAAGUAAAUGUAUUCACAAAUUCUGCCAACCACAGCCUAUUUUUUGGUGGUGUCACCACUUUGUUUGGUUAGCCUCUUUUCUGGUUUGUUUAUAUAGGAAUUUUUUGUAAAUUUAUUUAUUUAUCUCCGUUGUUUUUAUGAUUCGUUAUAGUGUGAGUUACCUGUCCAUCUGAAGUAAUUAUUAUUCUAUUGUGAAUUACUAUGAUGAAUACAAUUGUAUCAUUGAUAAUAAGGAAUAAAAGUUAACGUUUAUAAUUUACAA